UGUUGUUUCCAUGGUCCACAUUACCUGUGCAGUCCAUUUGUUUGUCUGCGUAGUAAAUAAUUGAUAUGAUUGUGCUAAUACCGAUGUUCCAAAUACAACCAGACAGUCUGGUGAACGAUGGCCAUACCUUAAUCCAGGUGUUGGAUAUCGGAUGCACCAAUUCUGACAUUUGGUGCUCACGACUGAAUCACUGAACAUGUUUAAGGUAAAGAGAGUUGAUACCUACAAUACUACAACACACAAGUUAUCAUGAGCAGCAGUCACAGGCCUACUGGACGGACUAACACAAUAGGCGAGGAAGGAGGAAUGCAGUACAGACCCUAAUGGGAAAAAAAAGAAAGUACCAAGACACCCGCACACCAAAACCCUGAUUUCCCCAGAUUCCCUCAGUUUUUGUCAGAGAUAAGAGAGAGAUUUUUUUAAGGAAUAUAGAUAUAAGCAUUAGAGUCGGAGGAUACCGUAGUUUUCUUUUUCAUCUACUUGCAGGUGUUGUGCUGUAUUCAACUAUGGAAGACAUGCGUUAACAGUUGUCGGCGCUGUUUGGUUAGCAUCCGAUUAUGGAGAAAUAGUAGUGUCGAUUUAAUUUUCUUGCCAUAAACUGGUGUCUGAAUAAAGCAUGAAUCGCUACGUUCCAGAUUUUGAAAUGGAGGAUGAUUACUCUAUCACCACUACUUCAGCCGUACCUCGCCCCAAACGAUCAGCCAAGCAUGAGGACGAGAUCAUGGAACUUUUAUGGCAAAACGGCCAAGUGGUUAUGCAGAACCAAAUACAGAAGUCUCACAAGAAAUCUCAACCGUCCAAAUUUGACGAUGAGGUGAACCAUGCCGAGCCUUCGACGGCACGGGAGACUCGAUCACAGCAAGGAGAACAGCAACACCACCAACUAUUUAUGCAAGAGGACGAGAUGGCCGGUUGGCUUCAUUAUCCUCUCCAUGAUUCAAAUUUCGACCAAGAUUUCUGCACAGAUCUCCUCUACCCUACCCCUUGCGUCACCAACUCUGCCAAUACUACACCCGCAGCCGUAGGCACAAAUCAGAAUCCAGAGCCGAGGCCGCAGCAGAUGGCAACUGGUGCACCGCAGCGGCCACCUGUACCACCGGCGCGUAGGACGGAGGUGCAUAAUUUCUCUCUCUUUUCGAGGCAUAAUUGUACGAGGGCGGUUGAUGAGACAAUUGCAUCAGCGAUGGAAUUGCCGGGACCGUCCAGUUCAAAACAGACGGUUGUGAGGGAAACGGCGAUAGUGGACUCGAGCAACACACCUGCGACAAGCCACCAACCUAGGGCACCGGAGGUGGCUAGGAGUUCGUUAGACGCGUCCGAAAGCAACUAUAGGGGCGAGUUCAUGAGCGCCAAACCGGCGGCAUAUCCCUCUGCUUCUGGCGGUGGAAAUACCGACACUAGAGACAAGAUUGUAACGAAUGUUGAGAUCACCUUAACGUCGUCUCCGAGUGGCUCAACUGCCAGUGCCGAGUUACCGCUUCUUAGGUCGGCGUCGGCGGAGAACCGGAAGCGGAAGGGCAGAGAAGGCGAAGAGGCCGAGUGCGUUCAAAGCGAGGAUGCUGAGUUUGAUGCUGUUCUUGGAAAGAAGCAAGCUCGUGGAUCAACUUCUACAAAGCGAUCUCGUGCUGCAGAGGUUCACAACCUUUCAGAAAGGAGACGUCGAGACAGGAUAAACGAAAAGAUGAAGGCCUUGCAAGAACUCAUACCACAUUGCAACAAGUCAGACAAGGCUUCUAUGUUGGAUGAGGCAAUUGAGUACUUAAAAUCUCUUCAGUUGCAAGUGCAGAUGAUGUCCAUGGGUUGUGGCAUGGUUCCGAUGAUAUUUCCUGGUGUCCAGCAGUACAUACCACCAAUGGGGAUGGGUAUUGGGAUGGGCAUGAGCAUGAGCAUGGAAAUGGGUAUCAACAGACCGAUGAUGCCAUUUCCUGGUGUUUUAGCUGGUUCUGCCUUCCCAACACCGGCUGCAGCAGCUCAUUUGGGUCCAAGGUUCCCCAUGCCAGCCUUUCAUAUGCCUCCUGUCCCAGCUCCUGAUCCAUCCAGAGUUCAAGCAGCCAAUCCCUCAGAUCCUAAUCCUAUGCUAAACCCACUAGGCACACAUCAUAUGCAUACGCCACAGAUUCCCAACUUUUCCGAUCCUUAUCAACAGUACCUUGGUCUACAACCAAUGCAAUUACCUGUAUCACAGAAUCAAGCAAUGGCUGAACCAAAUACCAGCAAGCCAAGCACUAGCAGAGGAGGUGAAAACCUUGAAGGUCACCAAUCAUGGUCGUGAAAUAUGGAUAGUGGAAUCCCAAGCUUCUCAACAUCUGUAAGUUCCAGCAGUCUGUUGCAUAGUAAGCUGUGGCCUCUCUUCUAUAAUGCUCUCUCGACCGUUGCUGUCUCUUCACUUGAGAGGAUGGAUCCGUAUGCGCAUCCAAUCCAAGUGACUACGUAGCCCACGAUGGAGCUUCCAGGACCAUGAAGGUAGAAGGUUCGGGCUGGUUGCCUAUUGAGGGUCUUGCCCAUAAAGUUUUGUAGCGUAAGAGAUGGGCAAAAUAUUUGAUUAUGUCCUGAAAUUAUUAAUAUUUGCUCGAUUCUAUCAUUAAAUUUUAAAAUUUCUCAUUUAUAUCCUUA